CAUAAAAGAGGGAUGUGCUCAGAAGAAGGAGGCACGGAGGAAGAAGCAGAAAACUGAGAGAGAGGCUGAUCCCCAGGAGCACUUGUUAGCAGUUUCCAGCCAGACAUUAGCGGCCAUACAGGAGCCAAAAAGCAGCGGCAGAAAAGGCAAGCCUUUCAAAUCCAGGCACCUACAGGGAAGGAUGAAGAGGCCCUGCCAGGACAAAAGGUCAUCGGAUACAGACUUGACCAUCAAUGUGGGGAAAGAGGAAGCCUGCAGCCAAACACCCAGGUCCGCUUCUCCAACCACAUCAUCAAUGGUACAAGCAAGAAAGAAGCGAAGAGGGAUAAUUGAAAAACGGCGCCGGGACCGUAUCAACAGCAGCCUCUCCGAGCUGCGGUGCCUGGUCCCCACUGCCUCUGAGAAGCAGGGCUCUUCAAAACUGGAGAAAGCAGAGAUCUUACAGAUGACGGUAGAUCACUUAAAAAUGAUUUGUGCCACUGGGGGCACAGCAGGGUUGCUAGAUGCUCAAGCAAUGGCAGUGGAUUACAGGAACAUCGGUUUUCGGGAAUGCCUCGUGGAAGUGAUGAGAUACCUGGGCAGCCUUGAGAGCAAGAGCAGCGGCGUCGACCCUAUCCAGCUGCGGCUACUUUCCCACCUAAACAACUACAUUGCUGAAAUGGAGCCUCCUACCAGAAAUGCAUCCCUCCUGCCCGUUCAUUCCUGGCCUAAGUCACUUCUCUGGAAAUCUAGCUACCCCAUAGGGACAUCCAACCCAGUGCAUGUGCCUUGGAGGGAAUGGGCGAUUUGGUCUGCUUCGUCGGUAAUCUAUCCUGGUCCUGCACUGAGAGCAGCUCCAAUGGGACACAUCCCUAACGCAGUCGCACCAGCCUGUCCUAACGUCUUGUCUAGUUGGAUUGCAUCAUCGCCAUCAAAAAGCAGGCCUCCAGUGCUGACCUCGGCCACCUCCACUUCUGCAUCUCGUGCAAGAGUCAGAGAGGCAGCCCCCAGGAGGAGCCAGUUGGCAGCACUUCUCUCCUCUUCUUCAGCUAGAGUUCCAAUCACACCUGUUUACAGGUCUUCUCCUGCUUUGAAUCCUCCUCCCCAGGGAUCAGAAAUCACAACUGAGACAGCUGGACGUUGCCGUUUCAGGUCUACUGAAAUUGGAGCUUUUUGACCAACAGCAAUUGAGUUUGUUAAACAGCACCACAUUUAAUAACAACAACACUUGGCUGUAUGCAGCACUCGCUUCUCCUUUACAUAUAUUCAAAGGGUCUUUUCAUAAGCUCAGUACAUUCUAUGGGGGAGGCAUGAUCUUUGCAGGAAGUCACAGGCAGAAAAUGUUAUUUUCCCCCCUUUGCAUUCAGGAAUGACAGAGGGACUGGGCUUGUGCAAAUGUUAGG